AUGUUUUUUGGUUUCUAUUAUUAUUAUUUUUCAUUAAAAAAGAAUAAAGUAAUUGAUAUCGAAGUGAUUUGGCAGUAUCGAUCGUAUCGCAGACAUAGCUGUGCAAAUGCGAUGCCGAGUCCGCCGGUUUCACGCUCCUCAUCUUCAGCCAGAGCUCACAGUUUGAUCCCUCCUCCCUCGAACCGCUCUGUUUGUUCGGCUCCCUCCACUGCCAAACUCUCGUAUAGGCGACUUGGAAACUUUAUAAUCCCCGGAAGAAAGAGCAGUGAUUCUUCGUCCAAGCUUUCCGAGGAGAGUCUGGAGGCCCACAAUAGAAGACACACCCCUGUUAUUCAUCAUAAAUUCACUCUGAAUGAAAAGAAGGCGAAAUGCAGUCCCUACUACAAAGGACUCACUGAUGCAUCCCUUGUCAUCAGUCGUGAAAGAUUUGUUUCUAGUCCUGGCCGUGAAAGUCAUGCCACUUCUAUUUCCAGCUCUCUUUCCUCUUUCAUGCUCAAGAUGCAAGAAUGGAGUUCUUGCUUUGCCUUCAAAUCACCUGCCACUGUUCCGCUCAAGAAACAUAAUCCUCCUCCUACUUCCUCUUCUUAUUCACCAGUAACAACUUCCGCUAAGGAGAUCAAAUUGGAUGUUUAUCCGGAGAAGCCAUUGAGGGAGAGAGUAUCACAAUCAUCCACAUCAAAAGAUACAAAUAUCCAAAUGGACAGAGCGAAGGAAUUUAUAUGGGUAAACAAGUACCAGCCCAAAACGUUAAAGGAUUUUAUUUGCAAUCGAGAUAAAGUGAUUCAACUGCAGGAUCUGGUGGAAGAGGGCGGAUGCCGAAAUUUUAUAUUUGAAGGUCCACCAGUGGCGGGAAAAAGAACCAUGAUUUGUGCUAUGCUUCGAGAAGAAUUCGGACCAGAAACAGUCCAGACCAGGGAGGCGUGCAAGGUGUUUGACUUGAAGGGGGAACUAAUUGGUAGCAUCAAAGUAAAUGUAAAGGAAUCUUCCCAACAUAUAGAACUUAAUGUCUCUGAUUUGAAAGGAUAUGAAAAGCAUGUCAUUCUUGAACUUAAGAGGGAAACACAAAGCAAGCUUUCCGAUUCAAACCCUGACAACAGCAAAGCAAUUAUUUUACCUGAAGCAGACAAGCUAUCCACAGAUGCCUUAUUAUACAUCAGGUGGUUAUUAGAAAGGCACAAAGGGUUAAAUAACGUUUUUUUCUGCUGCUCUGAUGUCUCAAAGCUUCAACCUAUUAAGUCGCUUUGUACUGUUGGUCAGCUUUUUCCUCCUUCAAAACAAGAGAUAGUUGAAGUUCUUGAAUUCAUAGCUAAACAAGAAGGCUUAGAAUUACCACAUGAAUUUGCUGAAAAAAUUGCUAAUGAAUCCAAGAAUAAUCUUCGUCAAGCUAUUCGCUCAUUUGAGGCCUCUUGGCAGAUGGAUUAUCCGUUUAAGGAUAACCAUCAAAUAUUAACUGGCUGGGAAGAUGACAUUACAAAUAUUGCCAAGAAAAUCAUUGAAGAGCAAAGCCCAAAACAGUUAUAUAUCAUCCGAGGGAAGCUUCAAAAUCUAAUAGGGCAUGACGUCUCUCUUGAAUUCAUUCUCAAGUCACUUGUUGAAGAACUAAAAAAGCAUUUGGAUGUGGGAUUACACAGUUGUGUUGACAAUCUAUAUCAUGAAUACAAUGUAUGA